CUGGAUACAGUGAGCUGCAGAGGAGCAGCUGUGGCUCGUUUCAGGCCGUAUUACUGAAGUAUAACUGCACACAACAACAGCAGCCGGAUAACAGCAGCUUUAUCCGGUUAUUACCAGCAGACAGCCCCAACCAUGAACCCUGCAGCCGGCAGAGACGACUCAAACCCGGCAGACAACUACAUGCCGCAGUCUUCAUCAGCAGCAGCAUCAUCGUCAUCCUCAGCAGGAGGAGGUUUGUAUCUGGAUGCCUAUGCCGUGUCUUUUCCCCUGGAGGAGAACGUGGAGCGACCGCCUGCCUACCACCUGAACCAGGGCCAGCAGAUGAUGGACGAGCCGGUGGUUCAGGAGCUGCCCUACUCUCAGUACAGUCCCUUCAUCCUGGUGUCCAACCUGCGGGCUCACCUGUACGUCUCCCUGGAGAAGAACGCCUGGCUGCAGAAACGCAUCGAGGAGCUGGAGGAGGAACGCAACUUCCUGCGCUGUCAGCUGGACCGCUUCAUCGUCAGCAUGAGGAGUCCGGAGGCGACGGAGUGGUGUGGAGACGCCCAGCAUGCUGUGAAGGUCCAGCCGGCCAGCUCUCCCUCCCCUCCCUCCCCCAUGACCACCAGGUCUGGAAUGACCCUCAAACGCCUCCAGGGACCAGGACCAGGGCCUCGGACCCGCCGCAGCGCCCCUAUCCCUGUGAAGGAGGAGUAUCAUCUGGAGGAGGAGAAAUACUUCACUGACGAUGAGUACGUGGAGGAGGAGGAAGAGGAAGAGGAAGACGAGGACUCUUCGGCAGAGAAGGGGUCAAAGAAGAAGGGCAGAGGCCGAGCCAACGGAGAGCCAAGGAUGAAGAUGAGGAGGAUCUUCAGGAUAACCCACAGCAGGGAGAGACAAAGAGUUAAAGACCCAGACGGGGUUUUGAUUCGGUAUAAGAAGAUCCUGUCCACCUACCAGCGGGUGAGGAGCAUGUCCAGAGCCUUCCAGAUCCAUGGAGUCGACCGCAACACCAUGGCCUCCACCUCCCCGAUCGCCGAGCUGCUGCUGGUGGCUCCGGAGAAGGUGACAGAAGUCGGGGAGUUCGAGGCAUCGAAGGAGAAGCUCCUGGAUUAUGCCCGGCGGUGCUACAAGACGAUGGACGAGGCGACGCACUCCAAAGUCCAGACCAUGAAGAAAACUCACAAGUUGCUGCCGAUCUCUUACAGGUUCAGAAACUGAGCAGCAGAGCAGGAAGAAGAAGGAAAUGUUUGGUUAAAUCAGAGUUUUCUACACCACACACUGACUUUUACAGCUCGUUAGAUGUGAGACUGAGAAGAUUAAAUGUCUGUUUGAGAAGAGUUUCUCCAAUGAGCAGCUUGAUUUCUAUAAAUACUUUUCUUUUUGCUUCAUGUGCAGCCAGUAGAGGUGAAAUUAUUUUUUUUUUGAUCAGAUUUUGGUUUUCAGCGUAGAGACUGAAGUAACUUCUGUUUUGUGUUUCUGUUUUUUCGACUAAAGCUCGAUGAACUGUGAAAUCUUUGGACGUGAUUUUUUUUUCUUCAGAUCAGGUAUCAAAACAGUCAGAUAGAGUUUGACUUAAUGUGUCUUUAAUUUGUGAAAGAUUGUUUUGCUUUGUCAGUUAAACUAAUUUCUUUCAUUUUUUUCUCUAUUAGAUGAGAAAGUAAUGUGUGUUUUCUUCAUUUUUUGAGUUACAGAAAUAUAAGUGAACAUUUACAUUUGUUAUCAAUUAUUCAACAAAGCAAGUUUAUUUAUUUAUGUAUUUCAUGCCUUAAUUAUGAAAGUAUUUAAGUUUCAAAGUAUUGAUGUUGCUGAAAUGUUUGGAAUUAUGACUGAAAACAGAAGAUGUAAAACAUCAUGUCAUGCAAAAAAAUAAAUGUUGUU